AGUCACCUUGGUAGCUUGCUAGACAAAAUAGCCGAACCAAUAAAGCUCUUUAGACGCUUUCGUUGAUAUUAGCCACUGUGUUUUAAAACAUACUUCUGUGGUCUAGUUAGUUAUCAGAUUGAAUUAUAUAUUAAUGGUGUUGUUGUUAUUAUUCAGCUAGCGGGUUGGUUAAGUUAGCAUUAGCCUAGCUAGGUAACAUCUCCAACCAUGAGGUUACUAAGCUUCUCUCCUUCUGCUAAAGAAGAGGUCUGCUGGACGGAGGAAGAAGUUAUCGUGAAAAAGGAGGAGGAAGAGGAGACUGUUUCAAUACAAAAACAAGUAGAGGGUGAGGCUGUUACCGUGAAGGAAGAAGUGAAAGACGUUACAGUGAAGGAAGAGAAAGAGGAUGAUGCUGUUUUUGGAGUGAAAGAGGGGGAGGGGGAGAUGACUGUCACAUUGAAAAAGGAGAAGGAAGAAGAGGAGGGAACUGGAUAUCUGCGCCUGGUUUCCCAAAUGCAUCUUAAGGCAUCCAAUGGUUCUAACGAUGAACGGGUCCUGAUUAACACUAGAGAGAGAUGUGACUAUCGUGGAUCCUCUGGGGAUCCUCAACAGUAUCAUGAUGCUGAUGAGGCAGAGAAGAGUCUCUCCACAUCAGAACUCCUCAAGAAACAGCAGCAGAGACCCACAGGGAAGAAAUCUCAUUGCUGCUCUGACUGUGGGAAACGUUGCAAAUCUUCAUCAGAACUUAAAAUACACCAGCGAGUACAUACAGGAGAAAAACCUUAUAGCUGUGAUCAAUGUGGGAAGAGUUUUACUCAGUCAAGCUCCCUGAAAUCACACCAUAGAACACACACGGGAGAGAAACCUUUUGUCUGUUAUCAAUGUGGGAGGAGUUUUACUCAGCUAGGCAACCUGAUAGGACACCAGCGGGGACAUACAGGAGAGAAACCUUAUAGCUGUGAUCAAUGUGGGAAGAGUUUUACUACAUCUAGCUAUCUAACUAUACAUCAGAGAACACACACCGGAGAGAAACCUUAUGGCUGUGAUCAAUGUGCGAAGAGUUUUACUCAGCUAAGCAGCCUGAUAGUACACCGGCGGGGACACACAGGAGAGAAACCUUAUAGCUGUGAUCAAUGUGUGAACAGUUUUACCUCAUCUAGCUAUCUAACUAUACACCAGAGAACACACACUGGAGAAAAACCUUAUUGCUGUGAUAAAUGUGGGAAGAGUUUUACUCAACUAAGCAGCCUGAUAUCACACCAGAGAACACACACAGGAGAGAAAUAUAGCUGUGAUCAAUGUGGGAAGAGUUUUACUACAUCGAGCUAUCUAACUAUACACCAGAGAAUACACACAGGAGAUACAUCUUAUGGCUGUGAUCACUGUGGGAAGAGUUUUAUUCGGCUACAAACCCUGAAAUCACACCAGAGAAUACACACUGGAGAGAAACCUUAUAGCUGUAAUCAAUGUGGGAAGAGUUUUACUCAGCAAAACGGCUUGAUAUCACACCAGAGAACACACACAGGAGAGAAACCUUAUAGCUGUGAUCAAUGUGGGAAGAGAUACUCUGAUAAAAGAUCUCAGAUUAAACAUCAGAAAAUACAUGAAAUUGUUUCAUGAUAUCAAUGAAAUGAUGUCACAUUGUAGAAUGUUUUAACAUUGUAGGAGUAUUGUAAUGAUGUCACAAUGUAGAACCUUAAACAUUUGUCCCCCUGUUCAGUUAAAUUGAUUUUAGCCUCAGGGGAAAAAAUCCAGGCUAUGAAUUGAAAUAGUAUUAUUUAUGAGAUUUAUCAAAAAGUGACUUGUGUUACACUUGCCACGUUGAUGACCCACUUGAAUCAAAAUACAACACUUCAAAAUGUUUAGGUUUUUAAUAUAUCCCAAACUGUUUCUGCAUAUUGGUUAUUGAUUUGGACACGUUAAACCUGUGUUUUGACAUUGCACUAUUCCCAUUUAGCAAAAUGUCAUUGAAAAUACAUUUGAAAAUAAGACUGUGCCCAAUGUUCAAUAUAUGUUCGGUUGUAGUUGAAAAUGAAAGUUGAAAAGAUGUAGUUUUUUCAAUGACUUGAAAACAGCUUAAUUUCAAUGUACUUGCAGCUUAUACACCUAUAAUCAAUUUUAUUAACAAUCUUACAUCACCCCAGAAUUUCUUGACAACAUUCAAGUGCUAAUUGUCUUUAUUCCACUACUGAAGAAGCAUGACUCAAAUCACCUCAUAUUUCAAAAAUCCAGCCUGGCAAAAGAUACAUGUUUUAUUAUUCCAUGCCUCACCAUUAAGUUCAUUAAUGCCAAUACAUAUUAACAAAUGGGUGUACAUUUGGUUUUGAUAUUUCAUAUUUACAAUUAUGUAACAUUUAGUAAUAUUUAUGCAACCAACUGACAAUUUUUGGGUUCAAUUAUAUUGACAUUGUUGCCCUGCUUUUAUAAUAUCAGGGUUCAUUCUCAGAUGUGCCAACCCAAAUGUACUAGAGCAUGACAUUGGAGACUGGGCCCCGAUCCAACAACAUGCCUAUCGGGUGCACCCUGAAAAGAGAGAGAAGCUCCGCAGUGAGGUGGAAAGUUACAACAGAUAUCGCAGUAGUUUCCUCUUGAAAUCAGACAUGUCCGUGUCAAGGACAACUUGGUUGCUGAUUGCCUCAAGAGUUGACAGUCAAAAAGAUUUGUGUUGUGCAUUUAACCAGUGUGUUACCUUGGAUCACAAUUUAUUUUGACAUGUUUUCCGUGUUGGAGAUGAGUUUUUAUCUCUUAUUCUUUUCUGUAUUUUUAAAAAACUGCACUGUUGGUUAGGGGCUCCUAAGUCAGCAUUUCACUGUUCGGUCUACCUGUUGUAUUCGGCGCAUGUGACUAAUACAAUACAAUUUGAUUUGAGUUUUGUUCAUUCCAAGGGGACGAGAGUUCUUGAAGCUAGUGAGUUUUAGGAUUCUAUAGAAAGAAAAAGGAGAAAAUAAUCAUAUGAUUGUAUAUUAUUAUUUAGAAAAAUUAGUUUUUUCUUGUUUUUAAUUGUUGACAGCAAGUUGUUUUCUGUUGGUGGUAUGAAAACUUGUCCAACAAAAUUAUAGGAUAUAUUUGUUGUCUUAAGGGGUAAGGUGUUGCAGGCUUCCAUUUAUGUUUUGAGGUUGGACUUUAGCACGUAUAGCUCGUUAGCACUGAUUGGUGUCACCUCGUUAGUCAGUAUGUGUUAUACCUGUGCUGGCUUGUCCAUCUCCUUAGUGGGACGGUGUUUCACCUGAGCUGGUCCAGGUUCUAUUUAAGAGUGUUUGGCCCAGUGCUCCAGUUGUCUUGAUAGAUGUGGAGAGUCAACACCUUUAGUUGCGCUACUUUUUUAGUUUGCGUCCCUUUUUUACGUUUGUUGUGGGUUUUUCUUUUGUUUGCCUCUUGUUGGGCAGAUUUAGUGGGUCUCAUGGUGGGUGUCUUUCAUGUCCCAGUUGUUGUUACUCGUCAACAUUCAGUGGACACUGAGAGCAAAACUGCAACAUUAUGUUAUAAUACUUUUAUUGCAUUAAAUGGUUGUUUUAUGCAACAGAAUAGAGGGUUCUUAGAACUAUAGUGUCUGUGUGUUCUACUGAGGAUGGGCCUCUGGGAGAUAACACUGACAGGAGAUUUACAAUGUCUUUUGGGUGAUAAAACCUAAAGAGGCCGCAUUCCAGAGCAUGAGUUAAUGUUUCUGUUCUAUAUGGUACCAGGGAGAGAUGACCCCAGGGCCAGACCCUGGUCUCUACACAAAGAGUACUGUUUUUACAUCAGAUACUUAUAAUUCCCAGCAGACAGUGUCUUUCAUACAAAUCUUAACCUUGUGACCCGUUCUAUACAUCUGUUGUUUGUCAUGUAGGUUGAAAGGGGUGCAUCUUGGCUAUUAAAGACCUUUGUACUUUUGUAUCGGGGCUCUCAACGAAUCAUCUGCGGGUGAUUCGUCGACCAGCCAUCAUUAUCGUAGAGCACUCAAUUGAUUAACUUUAUAUGUGUAUGUUGUCUUGACCUGCUCCCUUAUUAUUAAGAGAAUAAAGACGUAGUUCAA